CUCUAUAAAACGUCGGUUCUUGCAGAGCGACAACUAGUCGGAACCGAAGAACGGUUGAGCAGCAGAGUAACACAGAGUGUCAGACUCGUACAGUUUUCUUUUUGGGAUUUUAAAAAAAAGUUCACUUCAUCUUCAAACAUGAAAGUAUUCGUUGUGUUCGCCGUCGUUUUGGCCCUCGCCUUCGCCGAAGACAAAGCUGAUGACAAGUCCAAGACUUACAAGAGGCUCAUCCCUGCUGAUGUCCUCAGAGAUUUCCCCGGAAUGUGCUUCGCCAGCACCAAGUGCGCCACCGUCGAACCAGGCAAAACUUGGGAAUUGACUCCAUUCUGCGGUCGCUCCACCUGCGUCCUCUCCGAAGACAAGCCACCACGUCUCCUUGAGCUCGUCGAGGACUGCGGUCCAUUGCCUUUGGCCAACCCCAAGUGCAAGUUGGAUGAGGAGAAGACCAACAAGACUGCCGCCUUCCCGACCUGCUGCCCGAUCUUCAAGUGCGAGGAGGGAGCCGUUCUGGAGUACCCAGAAAUCCCAACCGUCGCUCCAGUCCCAGAGGACGCACCAACCACACCAAAGGCUUAAACACCUUUUUCCAACUCUUUUCCACCACUCGAACGUAUUUUUUUUUCAAUUUUUUUUAUG